AUGGCACACAGGACCCGACGAGGCAACAACAACCGGCGCUCGAACAACACUGCGCGAAAAGUGUCGCAAAAAUAUCUAGGUGAUCUUGCGCGCAUGCUUCGUCGCCGCGCCAUUUCGUGCUUGGGACACGUUUGUGGUCAGCUCGACGUCAGCUGCCCCAAACCCGUGUCUCCGACGCCAAGCCCGUGUCCUCCGACGCCCCAAACCCGUUGUGACGCCCCAAACCCGUGUCCUCGACGCCCCAAACCCGUGUUCCCCGACGCCCAAACCGUGUCCUCCGACGCCCCAACCCUGUCUCCGACGCCCCAGCCCGUGUCCUCCGACGCCCCAAACCCGUUCCUCGACGCCUCCCAAAAACCCGUGUCCUCCGACGCCCCAAGCCCGUGUCCUCCGAUCUCCGAAUGUCCUCCCGACGCCCCAAACCCGUGUCCUCCGACGCCCCAAGCCCGUGUCCUCCGACCCCCAAACCCGUGUCCUCCGACGCCCCCCUACCCGUGUCCUCCGUGUCCCUCCGACCCCCAAACCCGUGUCCUCCACGCCCCAACGUGUCCUCCGGACGCCCCAAACGACGCCCCAAACCCGUGUCCUCCGACGCCCCAAACCCGUGUCCUCCGCGCCCCAAACCCCGUGUCCUCCGACGCCCCAACCCAACGCCCUCCGACGCCCCAAACCCGUGUCCUCCGACGCCCCAAAACCCGUGUCCUCCACGCCCCAAACCCGUGUCCUCCGACGACCCCUCCGACGCCCAAACCCGUGUCCUCCGCCGCCCCAAACCCGUGUCCUCCGACGCCGCCCAACUCGGGACCGAAGCCGCCCCGACAGCACGGGAGAGAGAAAACGACCGACUUGGCGCUGGACGACGACGACAGCGACCGCCGCGAGGUCGUGUCUGGUCGGUCGUCGAGGGGUUCGGAUCCUGUGAUGGCGGUGGCUUCGAUCAACAUCAAAAUGGAAUAUCUUUUGUUCGACAGCAUGUCAGAUCGUGAGAUAUCUUUGCCUGGUCAGUUUCCGGUCACCUUCGCUAAGACAAAGAUCUCUCUCAGGUUAUGGUUCCUUAAUCUAAUUCGGUGUUCAGUCCAUAUACACAUGGAACUAUGA